AUAAACAUACUGCGAAAUUCACGAAAUCGUCCGACUGGAUUUGACGUUUACCAUCUCUCCACCUACCAAAAACCCUUCCAACUUUUCUCCUUUUCCUAAGAUAAUUUUUGUCAAAAUAAUUUUUCCGUUCGAUCUUAAUGUCAAAUAAAAUUUCAACAUUAAUCCUUGAGAUUGAAAAAAAGAAACUACUAAGCGUUACGCAUAACCUGUUGGCUUACAAAAGAAAUAAAAAUUGGUGUACUGUGAAAGUACCGUUAGGAAAGCAAAGUACGAACGUCCCUGGCCCUGUCCCCUUCAAAAGUCGUCGCACUGAUCUCUUGCGCCUGCCACAAUCGGUUGCUGUGUCAGUGGGGCGACGUCAACAUUGUAGUAAGUGGUUAAGUUGUAGAUACAGUAGUAGUGAUAGUAAGAGACAUUUUACAAUUGUCGAGAAAACUAGAAAAAUGCCUGAAGGAAAACCAUUCGAAAGGCUGCCGACAAAUGUGAAACCGAAACACUACCGCCUUGCUCUCAUACCUGACUUGAAAGCCCUGACUUUUCGGGGAGAUGUUUCUAUUGAAAUUGAGGUUGUGAACAGUACUGAUACGAUUGUACUUAAUGCUUUAGAUUUAAAAUUAGAAGAUGUCAGUUUGAAAGGAGACAAAUUAGUGAGUGCAGAAAAAGUAGAAUUAUGUACGGAAGAAGAAACGGCAUGUAUAAAAUUCCCUACGAUCAUUUCUCCCGGUCCCUAUACUUUGGACAUCGCGUUCACAGGCGAAAUCAAUGACAAAAUGAAGGGACUCUACAGGAGCAAAUAUGUAAAUGAAAAGGGCGAAGAAAGUUUCACAGCAGUCACACAAUUUGAAUCAACUGAUGCACGUCGUUGUUUCCCAUGUUGGGACGAACCUGCACAUAAAGCUACUUUUGAUAUAAGCCUCACUGUACCUAAAGAUUUAGUUGCCUUAUCAAAUAUGCCAGUGAAAACCAGUGCACCACUUGGUGAUCUCAUAAAGUACGAUUUUGAGAAAACGCCCGUUAUGUCGACGUACUUAGUAGCAGCAGUUAUAGGAGAAUACGAUUACGUAGAAGAUAGAUCUAGCGACGGGGUUUUGGUCAGAGUAUAUACUCCAAGGGGGAAAAAGGAACAAGGGUUAUUCGCUCUCGAAGUUGCCACAAAAGUUUUGCCUUAUUACAAAGAAUAUUUCAAUAUCGCCUAUCCUUUACCGAAAAUCGAUUUGAUUGCCAUAGCCGAUUUCAGUGCAGGCGCUAUGGAGAAUUGGGGCCUUGUUACUUAUAGGGAAACUUGUCUUCUAGUUGAUCCUCAGAACACUUCAGCUCACAGUAAACAAUGGAUAGCCUUGGUGGUCGGUCAUGAGCUAGCUCAUCAGUGGUUUGGAAAUCUAGUCACCAUGGAGUGGUGGACCCAUCUUUGGUUGAACGAAGGUUACGCCUCCUUCGUCGAAUUUCUUUGUGUAAACUACCUCUUUCCAGAAUACGAUAUAUGGACCCAAUUCGUCAACGAUUCAUAUAUCAAAGCAUUGGAAUUGGACAGUUUGAAAAACUCUCAUCCCAUUGAAGUACCUGUUGGAAAUCCUUCAGAAAUUGAUGAGAUUUUCGAUGAUAUUAGUUACAAUAAGGGAGCAUCUGUCAUUAGAAUGUUGCAUCAUUACAUUGGUGAUGAGGAUUUCAGAAAGGGAAUGCAUUUGUACUUAACCAAACAUCAAUAUAAAAAUACGUUCACAGAAGAUUUGUGGGCUGCUCUAGAAGAAGCUAGUAAAAAACCAGUAGGAGAUGUUAUGUCCACCUGGACGAAACAGAAAGGAUUUCCUGUUGUUAAAGUUGCACCUAAAUCACCAGGCGAUGCCAAUACAUUUACACUCUCCCAGUCAAAAUUCACAGCCGAUGGAUCGAAACCAACCGACGAAGAUUACUUAUGGAUGAUUCCAAUUUCAAUAUCUACCUCGAAAAACCCAUCCAAAGAAGUCGUUAGUACCGUUCUUACGACAAGAACCGCUGAAAUCGUUGUACCUGAUAUUGGACAGUCUGAUUGGAUUAAGGUUAAUCCAGGAACCAUUGGAUUUUACAGAACUCGAUAUCCACCAGAUAUGUUGGAAAAAUUAGUACCUGCUAUUCGGGAUCGAACGCUGGCACCUUUAGAUAGGUUAGGUCUCUUAGACGAUCUCUUUGCAAUGGUCAAAGCUGGACACACGAGUACCGUUGAAGCUUUGAAAUUGCUUCAAGCUUACGAAGAUGAACCAGAUUAUAACGUUUGGUGUUCAAUAAACAAUAUUUUAGGGAAAUUGGGACAACUUCUUGGACAAACAACAUACAAAGACAGUUAUAAUAAUUACCAAAAGAAACUAUUGAGUAAAGUGUACAAGAGAUUGGGUUGGACACAAAAAUCCGGAGAAACCCAUCUGGACACGCUCCUUAGGGGAUUAGUAUUGGGCAGGCUCGCAUGGUUGGACGAGGACCACACCAUAGGCGAAGCCAGAACGAGAUUCGCGAGUCACGUUAAAGGAAAACAAAUUUUACCGGCAGAUUUGCGAAGCGCAUGCUACAAAACUAUUUUGAGAGCCGGUGGCAAAGAUGAAUAUGAUACACUGUUGAAUUUGUACAGAUCUAGUGAUCUUCACGAGGAAAAGGAUAGAAUCAGUCGGGCUUUGGGAGCUACUAAAGAUCCGGUGUUGUUGAAGAAAGUUCUCGAAUUUGCUAUGUCUGAUGAGGUUAGAGCCCAAGACACGGUAUUCGUUGUAGCCUCGGUCGGAUUAAGCAGCUCCGGUAGAGACAUAGCUUGGCAGUUCUUUAAAGACAACUGGUCGCAAAUUAGAGAACGUUUCAGUGGUUACCUUCUGACCAGAUUGGUCAAAUAUUUAACGGAAAAUUUCACAACCGAAGAAAGAGCUAAAGAAGUAGAGACUUUCUUCCAGGAACACAAACCACCAGGAACCGAGAGAACUGUACAACAGUCUAUUGAAAAUAUACACCUUAAUGCAGCUUUGUUAAACAGGGAUUCGGAUGCUAUUAAACAGUAUCUGAGUUCAUUUUAAAUUCGGGGAUCUACAGUGGAGUUUUAUAGUGGGCUUAAAGUAGAAAUUUUGUUUUUAGUGGUUCUGAUAGUAGAAUUUCUUUUUCAAGAGAUAUUACUAUGCUAAUGUAUUUGGGUUUGUUAUAUCUAUAUCUCUUGUAGUUAUAUUUUUAAUAUAAUAUACAAACGUUUUUUAAAUAUACAAAAUUGUGUAACAAAAAUGUCAUGUCUACCUUUUAACUGUCAAAAAGUACCUUGUAUUAGCUGGCAAAAACAACAAAGUUUGUUGACCUGACUUUUUCAUUAUUAUUUGACUGUUAUAGUUAAUCAUACAAUUAAUAUAUUCUUAAUAAAUAUCAAUUUAUGCAAUUUUUCAACUAAACACCGAAAAAAAAAACAAUCCCAAAAAAUAAUGCACAAACUUAGACUAAUAACUUCACUAGAAGUGUUUUUGUCAAGGGAAGUACCUACACACUUUUGUUGUUUUUUGCCAAGGAUCCACCAUUUUAAGUCACGUUAUUUGGAUGACCAAAUAAUGGAUUCAAACUGUCAUAGUUGUCAAAAGUAUAUGAAACAAUCAAAUAUUUGAAGAUACACUGAACAAAUGAAAUGAAAUUAGUGCAGCUAGUGCAAUAAAUAAAAUCCACUAUUAGUGUAUUUUAUUUUUUGCAAUAAUAUCACACGACAUUUUAUUCAAACUGUCAUACUUGUCAAAACUUUAAGCUAUACGUGUGCUACUGUCAAAUAUUUGAAGUUACACUGAACAAAUCAAAUGCGAUUAGUGCAGAAAACUUACAUUUGGUGCAACAAAUUAAAUCCAGUAUAAAUUGUUCAAUUCUUGUAACAUCUGACAAUUGACAUUACUCUUCCUUCUUAGAUCAACAAAUAACUAGACUCGGACUUAUAUAAAAGUAAGUGUUAUAGAUGUCCGACGACAAAGAACAUUGUAAAUAGUCAUGUUCAAUUUUUUUAUAGAAAUAUAACAUUUUUGGUUUCAAUAUUUAAUAAACUUGCAUAACUUUCUAUGAAAUGAAUACCAGAACAAUUGUUUAGCUUAUUUUUUAAAAAUAUGCAGAGACCUUCAAUUUAGGAAUUUAUUAUUUACUGUAAAAAAAUAACCCUCCAGUUUUUAAAAUGUUUCAAAGAAAAUAUCUUUUUUUCGAAAAAUAGAACAACAAUUUUUUAAGCCCACUGUAGUCCUUAAACCAGCAAAAUAUCAAUGAAAGUGCUACUCAAAAUGGAAGUAAUACAAUUUUUAAUCUGUUAUGCAUAUUUUGUUUACUAUGCAGCUAUAUAGCAGAGGUCGAUAUUAUCAAUGGUUACGAUAAUCAGCAAUUAACACGUAAAUAAAGACGAUCGAACAUUCAAAUGUACAUCAUUUCUCUGUUAAUCCCAAAUUCAAAAUCCUUAAGUAUAUGGUAAAAAGUAUGAUUUCCAACGAUGAUAGUUUUUCUAAUGUAUAUUAGAUACUGGCAAUUAUUGACAAAAUACAUAAUUUAUAAAAAUA